AUGAAGUUGUUUGAUGUCACGAAUGAGCUGGUUAAAUCUUUCCGUCGGAUUCAAACUCAGCUUCGUGAUCCAGCAGCAAACAAUUUGCGUCUUCGAAUUGUUGGUGCUCGUGAUAAUUCUUCCAGGCAAUAUGAUCUUCCCACUGGAUCUGAACUUGCUGGUUUAAUACCAGAAUCAUUUCGUGACUUAUGUGGAACACGAAGUGAAUUAAAGCCUCAAAUUGUUGCUCGAGUCUUCAAGAUGAAGUUGAAUGCUCUUGAAGAUGAAAUAUCUAGGUCGAAUUUCUUUGGGAAAACAGUUGCAGAGACUUUCAAACUGCAUGUCAACGUCUUGGACUUUUAUCUAAUGAUGAUGAAUGGUUACUUGUGA